AUGUCUGACCAGAAGAGACUCAAGCCAGCUUGUUAUUCAGCGGGAUGAAGACGUCACACAAGCAGCGUCGUCUGGUAACUAUCUGUUACAGGGUGAAGAUUAGACUGGUGAGAUGUGACAGUUUCUCUGCUCCUUUGAAAAUAUGUCGACGUGGAAUAAGAUGUUGCAGUGAACCAGUUUGCUCAGUAAACUUCCAAAAUACAGGACAUUUAUUUUCUCCUGCACUUCUGCUCCAAUUCCUCAAAUCAUUUUUAGUAUUCCAACAACUUUUCUGUGUACAUUAAGUCGACAUUGCCUUUAUGUUUGGACGAAUAUCUGGUUGUGUAGGUGGUGAGGAAUAUUAAUACUGUUGUUGACCAUAAGGUUUUCAAGUGAAGGAGUGAAAGGGGAUGCAUAAUGGAAGUGAACAUGCCUGCAAUUAUGUUAAUUCAAUUCUAAUGAGCAUCCAUAUGUAAGCAAUAUUACUGAAGUUCUCCUUAUCAUAUAGACACUGUUUUUCACCCGAGUUCCACAGGCAUUAGAUGAAAAGUGGGUGCACUGGGUCAGGUGGCCUGCUCCGGGACACCACAACAGCAAGGCUGGAGUGGGAUUCAGACCGCCGACUCUGCGAUGAGUGGAUGACCCACUCGACCUCCAGAGCCACUGUCAAAUGUGGGAAUUGACUUUAAUGACAGCAAUUACGUUUAUUUUGAGAACUCCUCCAGUAACCCACUGCUCAUCAGGAGGAUAGAGGAGUUGAACAAGACAGCCAAUGGGAACGUGGAGGCCAAAGUGGUGUGUUUUUACCGGCGCAGGGACAUCUCUAGCACACUCAUCGCCCUGGCAGACAAGCACGCAAGAGAGCUGGAGGAGGAGAUGGAGAACCCAGAGGUUGCCGACCUCCCGGAGAAACAGAAGCACCAGCUGAGACACAGAGAGCUGUUCCUGUCCCGCCAACUGGAGUCUUUACCUGCCACACAUAUCAGGGGGAAGUGCUGCGUGACGCUACUCAAUGAGACAGAGGCACUGACGUCAUAUUUGGACCGAGAGGACGCCUUUUUCUACUCGCUGGUGUACGACCCCCAACAGAAGACUCUGCUGGCGGAUAAAGGAGAGAUCCGUGUGGGGAACAAGUACCAGGCAGACAUCACUGAUCUCCUCAAAGAAGGUGAGGAGGAUGAGCGGGACCUGGAGAAGCUGGAGGAGAAGAUUUGGGAUCCCAGUAGCUUGCUGACUGAGAAACAGAUUGACCAGUUUUUAGUUGUCGCUCGGUCAGUAGGUACGUUUGCGCGAGCGUUAGACUGCAGCAGUUCCGUCCGCCAGCCAAGCCUCCACAUGAGCGCAGCAGCAGCCUCCAGAGACAUUACCCUGUUCCACGCCAUGGACACGCUCUACGCCAUGAGCUACGACAUGACCCGAGCCAUCGCAGCGCUGGUGCCUCAGGGCGGACCUGUCCUCUGCAGAGACGAGAUGGAGGAGUGGAGCGCGUCGGAAGCAAACCUUUUUGAAGAAGCUCUGGAGAAAUACGGCAAAGACUUCACUGACAUCCAGCAGGAUUUCUUACCGUGGAAAUCUUUGACAAGUAUUAUUGAGUAUUACUACAUGUGGAAGACCACAGACAGAUAUGUUCAGCAGAAACGAUUAAAAGCAGCUGAGGCAGAGAGCAAGUUGAAGCAGGUCUACAUCCCUAACUACAACAAGCCAAACCCCAACCAGCUGUGUAACAAUGUUAAGCCGCCUCUGAUGAACGGGUCGGCCAGCACGGCCGCGCCAGGUGCCCCAGCUUCAGCGGCAGGUCAAGGCCAGACCCCGAGCCUGGGUCGGGCCUGCGAAAGCUGCUACUCCAGCAGCUCCUACCAGUGGUACUCCUGGGGUCCCCCAAACAUGCAGUGUCGACUGUGCGCCUCCUGCUGGACCUACUGGAAGAAGUAUGGCGGCCUGAAGAUGCCAACCAGGCUGGAGGGGGAACGACCCGGACCCAACCGCAACUUGAGCCCCCAUGGCCUCCCUCUGCGUCACAGCGGCAGCCCCAAGUUUGCAGUGAAGACACGUCAGGCUUUCUACCUGCAGACGACGGCGCUGACACGGAUGGCGCGGCGGAUCUGCCAGGACAUCAUUAGACCCCGAUUCCUGGCCAGACACCCCUACCUCCCCGUUAACACAGCGGCCAUCAAGGCAGAAUGCGCCCUGCGGUUACCUGAUAAGCCCAGCAAACGCCCCCCGCUGAAGCCUGUUGACCGUAAACCCCUGGAGUCAGUCGUCCGCUAUUUAGAAGCACAUCCCCGUCCAGCCAAACCGGACCCACCGUCCCGCGCCGGCUCCAUCUCCACGGGCAGCCUCACCCCCAUCAAGUCCACUCCCAUUCUCAACAACGGCUCCCCGACCAUCCUGGGCAAGCGCAGCUACGAGCAGCACAACGGCCUGGAUGGCUCUAAAUCCAAAGUCUUGGCUCCUCAGUGGGACAUCAUGGCUAAAAGGAUGAGUGACGUGGGCCGGGCGUCUGCUCCCCUGCAGGAGGAGAUACACGAAGUGGACUGAAGACCCCGGAAUGACCCUUUCCUUCAAAGCUGACUGGAGUGAGUUUCUUGUGUUCCAGCAGAGGAGAGCUGAAGUGGUCAGCAGCUGCAGGAGCUCAGCGACGCCCUCGGCCUCCGUGCUCCAGUCCUCUGCUCCUCACUGGGAGGAUGGACUUCAGCAAAAAUGAGCCUGCGUGUACAGGACUGCGUUUAUUACUGCAUUUCUUGCUCUUACCGUCGACGUCAUAACUGUUUUGUUUUUCGACUACAUUUAUUUUGUGAUCAAACAAUGGAACUUGAGAAGUUUCAUGAAAAAAAGCCCUGUGGAGAAAAGGGUGAAGGACUGUAACAUAUGUUCUUUUGUAUUCCACAAGGAGGCGCACUUUCAUUUCUACGUCAUACUCCUUGUUUUUUUUGUUUUUUUUUCUCCUCUGUUUUGACGAGUGCUUCAUGGGAAUCUUCAGAUUUUGUGAGCCGGUCGCUCUCUGGCCAGAAAGGUUUAACUUAUUGAGAAAGACUUGCGGCUUUUUCUACCUUUUUCACAAGUAAUGCAUCUAUGCUUCGAUAUUGUAAUUAAAAAAAAGAGCCUUGAUUUUCA